AUGUUUGAAGACGAAGGAAGCGAAGACAGCGAGAUAGAUACCAAUGACAAGCAAGUGCGGGCCGCUACCAAGGCGUUAUUGAAGGUUACCAAGGAGUUAUUGAAGGCUACCAAGGUGCAGAGUAAGGCAGAUAAAAACAUGGUGCUGAAGUUGUUUGAGAGAGGUGGUCUGGUUGACGUGUUAAAUCAAAGGACAUGCGUGAGUGAAGAAACAGGCUGA